AGCUCACACUUGGAAUCCCCACAGAGGGUAAAACUCACAUCACACAGUCACCCACCCUUAUACACUUGAGGAGCCCCAGGAACUGGAGACGAGGUCCACAAAACUGACUGUCCCAAAGAAAAGUGCCCACCCCCACCUCCCAAGGGCUCCCUGCCCACGCCUCUCCACCUCCUGCUUUGUUUUUUUGCAAGGCUCAGGGUGGAUCACGCUGGGCACAUGGCUCCAUCAAUCAUCUACACCCCCAGGCCCUCCACCCUCCUUUUUGUUGUUCUUUUCUCUCUUUUUUUCUUUUCUUUAACAUUUAUUUAUUUAUUAUGUAUACACUGUUCUGCCCCCAUGUCUGCCCGCCAGAAGAGGGCACCAGAUCUCAUUACAGAUUGUUGUGAGCCACCAUGUGGUUGCUGGGAAUUGAACUCAGGACCUUUGGAAGAGCAGCCAGUGCUCUUAACCGCUGAGCCAUCUCUCCAGCCCUGUUCUUUUCUUUGAAAUAGGAUGUCCUGUAGCCCAGGCCGGCCUCAAACUUGCUAUGUAACAGAGGCUGGCCUAGAACUCCUUAUUGUUCUGUUCUCAUAAGUAGUAGGUUUAUAGGCAUGUGUCAUCAUGCUUAUUCACCCAACCCUGACCAACAGUGCCUUCACAGGUUGAUCAGCUCCCUUUACAAGCUCUGUGGGCUUGCCCCUCACUCUCACUUUCUCAAUUCGAGCCCCUAAGUCACCAACAGGCAGAGUAACUGGCACAGCAGUAGGGACACUGGCCUCAUCUCGUUGAGUCUGGAAGAGCCUCUGGAGUGGGGCCGUGGAAGCACAGACUCUAAAGAGCUUCCAAAGUUGGCCCAAGUACUGGCAGCACUAGAGGAACACCAGGAACUGGCAUGGGGUUGGGACCACAUGGCCCCGGCCUCCCAUGGCUCUCAUCUGCCCUCUCAUCCCCAAGGGAAAAGAGCUGACCGUAGAGGGACAGCUCUCCAGGCAGUCUGCUCCUUACAGCUACUGCUUCCUGUCAUACCCACAGGACCUGAGGCAAAGGAAAGUGCCCCGGGGGCAGCUUUGGGCGAUGGCCCAAAGAAGAGCUAAGGGCUGGCUUUCUAAAGCGGUGCAGAGGGCUGUAGCAGAGGGCUUGGGAGUUUAAUGCCACAGCACACGGAAAGUCUGGUAGAGCGGGGGAAAGGGUCACAGCAGUAACCGUGCCCCCAAGUCUCCUGCCUCACAUCUUGCAGACUAGAGGCCCAAGUUCCAGGAAGAUUGGGUGGGAAGGAACGUAAGUGUCAGGGCUUGCUUCUAGGCCACCAUUGCACAUCUCCAGUAAGCCACUUCAAAGCUUAAUUAUGAGUCAGAUACACCCGAGUGAUUUUCAUAAACAUUGUUUUCUGAUAGUCUUUUCUAGUACAAGUUAUUAGGAAAGCAAGGGGUUUUUGUUUGUUUUUUUCAUUGUGCUGAUGAUUAUAAUGACUUCUGACCAAGGAAAGGAAAACUUUAAAAACAUUCUAAAGCUAGACAGGGUGGUACACACCUGUAAUCCAAGUAACAGGGCCGGAGGGUCAGGAGUUUGAGGUCAGCCUUGGCUGUAUGAGCCUUUGUCUUUACUACACUAUGGCGGGAGGAGUUAGCAGACCAGACAAGUCAUUGCACAAGACGUGUGUGCUUUCUGUUUUCAUUUUCGUUUUUCAAGUGAGAGAACAUAAAGUCGGGUGAGUAGGAGGGGAAGGGGGGAGAAUAUAAUAAAAUACAUUGUAUGAAACUCUCAGAAUGGCUUAGUCUAAGGACCUCCGUUUGAUCCCCAGAACUCAAGUUUUAAAAUCUGGGCCGAAGAGGUGGCUCUUCGGCCAUCUAGAGUAUUAGGGAGAGAUGGCUCCCGUUCCAGAGAACCUGGAUUUGAUCCCCAGCACCCACAUAGCAGCUCUCAACCAUUUGUAACUCCAGUUCCAGGAGAUCCAACACCUCCUUCUGGCAUCCACAGGCACCAGCCACACAAGUGAUGCACAGAUACACAUGCAGACAAAACACUCAAAAGACAUAAAAAAUAAAAGAAUUAAAUCUGGGUGUCGUGGCACGUGCUUAGAACACCAGCUCUGGGAGAUGGAGCCAGCCAGUCAGCCAGCCUAGCCGACUUGGCAAGUUCCAGGAGGUAAGAGACUAUCGGGCUCGGCACUGAUGAACUUGACAGAGGAAGGCGGUCCCCUGGCCUGUGUGGGGUAUUCUCUUACACUCUGAAUGUACGUCACGGUGAUUGGUUUACUAAAGAAGCUGACUGGCCUAGAGCCAGGCAGAGUAAGGUUAGGUGAGAGAGACAAAUGGAGAAUGAUGGGAAGAAGGGCAGAGCUGAGGUGUCUUGAACAGAUGAAGAGAAGCAAGAUGAGCAUGCCGUACUGAGAGAAGGUACCAAGCCACCUGGCAAAGCAUAGAUGAGAAAUAUGAGUUAAUUUAAAUGUAAGAGUUCGCUAGUAACAAGCCCGCGCUAUUGGCCGAGGGUUUAUACUUAAUAUUCAGCCUCCAUGUCAGUUACUUGGGAACUGUUGGGCGGGAAAGAAACGUUCUCCAACUGGCCUGCACACACAUGCAUGCACAUGAGCACAGACACAUCAAAAAAUAAUUCUCAGGCUAGGGUUGCAGCUUAGUUGAUAAGAGUACUAGCCUAGCAUGCAAGAAGUCCUGGGUCCCACCCUUAACACUGAAUAAAUAGGGUAUAGUGGCACACACUUGUAAUCCCAGCACUUGGGUGGCAGAGGAAGGUAGACCAGGACUUCAAGGUUAUCCUCCACAGCACAGAGUUUAAAACCAAUCUGGGCCACGUGAGACCCUGUCUCAAAACAUAAUAGCGAGGACUGUUAGAGAUGGUUCAGUGGUUAAGAGCACUUGUUGCUCUUGCAGAAGACCCAGGUUCAAAUCCCAGCACCAACAUGAUGGCUCACAAGCAUCUAACCAGUCCCAGGGGAUCCAACGCUCUCUUCUCAUUUCUACAGGCACCAGGCAUCAACAUGGUGGAGAUACACAUGUAGGCAAACACACGCAAUAAAUACAAAAAUAAUUGUUAGUAUUCUGCACAUUAAAAUUAGCCAGGCAUGGUGGCACAUGCCUUUAAUUCCAGCACUUGGGAGGCACAAGUAAGUGGAUCUCUGAGUUGAAGGCCAGUUUCAUCUAGAUAGCGAGUUCCAGCCUGCCAGGGUCUUAUAGGCCUGGGUCAAACAAUUCACCACCACCCCACAAAUAGAGAAAAGGCCACCACUACUUGACUUUGUAAUUCACUUGUACACCCAGUGCACCAGUGUCCUGGGGGAGCCUACUGGACAAUCUUUUUCCCUUUAAAACAGACUUAUCUGGGGGAGGCAGGGGCCUCUGCUGCUCCAGGUGGGGGGUGGUAACAAGUGUACCAAACAGAGCCAUUUUGCAGGGACCGUUGAUGACAAGACAGUGACCAGAUAAAGCCAAGGGGAUGACUUGAAGGUAAAAGUGGAAAAAGCCCAAAUGGAAAAAAACACUAUGUUCUGAAACAAUGCCAGACAUGUUUCAUCCUCCAAAAAUCUGAAGAAAAAUAAAUGUGUUGAUCAACAAGUUAUUCUCCUCUCCCUCUUCAAGGACUCUCUGAAUUGCUAAAUUGAUCAGAUCGGCUUAAAACAGAUGGUGUGAGGCGCAGAGAUUUUUAUAUUUCAUCCUGUAAGUGAAAAUCCGCAAAGGGGAAAAGAACCAAGCUGACAGUCUGAGUGUGCUACCCCACAGUGACUGCUGCUUUUCCUGUGUCAGUAAAGAAGCUGAAGUUUUUCCUUCUCAUUGUUUCACGUUUUGAGAAAUUGCAUCUCUGAAGUUUCAUGCCCGGGUGAAUGUACAAAUAAUAGAGAAACAGGACCACAGGAAAAAGGAAAGAUGGAUUGAUAAGGCAGACUUUCCGUUUGAGACGAAAUCUUCAUGGAAUUUUCUAGCUGAAAAGACUCAUUUCCGGGGACUGGGGAGACAGACAGGUCAGCCGGUAAUACGUUUGCUUUGCAAGCACGGGGGACCAGGUUCUCUCCAGAGCACCCACGUAAAAAACAAAUCCUAUCUUGGACUGGUAACCCACUGUUGACUGGGAAGUGGAGGCAGCCAGAUUCUGACCAGCUAAGCACCCUAGCUUAACUGGUGACCUCAGGUACCAAUAAGAGACCUUUCUCAAAGGCAAGGUAGACAGCACUUCAGUUUCAACAGGCAAGGUUGACCUCUGGCCUCCGUGCUUGUCACUGUCCACAUAAGUGCCUGUCUUUGUAAGUGCACAUCCACAAAUCCCCCUCACGCACACACACAAAUCUCCACUUUAACAUUUUUGUUUCUGUUUAUUUUAGUUCUUGUUUGUUUUUUCAAGACAGGGUUUCUCUGUGUGGCCCUGGCUGUCCUGGAACUCACUCUGUAGACCAGGCUGGCCUCGAACUCAGAGAUCCACCUGCCUCUGCCUCCCUGAGUGCUGGGAUUAAAGGCCUGUGCCUCCAUGCCUGCCGACACUGUUUCUGAGACAGGGUUUCACGUAUUUCGGGAUGGUGCCAGACUCUGUGUAGGUAAAGAUGAUCCUAAACUUGCUUAUCCUUCUGCCUCUGCCUGGGGUACAGCUGGCAAGCUGUACCUAAGUGGAAGUGAAGGAAUCAUUGGCUUGAAAUACCACCAGGUAUGACAGGUGUAGGCCAGAACUGGCUUCAUCUUUGUUUAGACUCUUUCCCUAACAAGCCAUUUAGACAUAAAAGCCCAACAUGAGACUGAAUAUGCAUAUAGGGAGACACUGACGGGUAUUCAAAACAUCAGUUCAUUACGCAUCUUUUAUUCCCACGCUGUGCCCUUGCAGGACAAACAUACAGACCUGCUGUCAGGUGCUCACAUGUAGCCAGGGAGAUGGAACCAGACAACAGGUAGAAAGAAUGAAUGGCAGUGUUCCCACCCAGGGACCAAGAGAGUCUGCCAGGGAAGGCAGGAGUUUAACUUGAGGAGGUAAGAUGAACGAAAAGUCUCUGAGGCUUGAAGAGUGAAUGGGUCAUGUCAAAGCUCCUGAGGCUUCGAGGCAGGAAGGAGCCGGUCAUGGUGGAGGGUCUGUGGCAGUCCCUGCAGGUAGAGUAACAUCCCCAGGAGCAGGUGGUGUAGGAUGAGGCUGGGGACCGGCUGCAGCCGGCUUGUAGAACAGCCCCACUUCCCCAGGCCACCAGUGAGGGAAGCCACCAGAAGGAAAAGUGGCUGACAGAGGGACAGGAGCAUGCUGGGUAGACGGCCACAGAGUAGACAUGGCUGGAGCUGCAAAUGGGCCCAAUUCAAGCUGUUUUGAAAAGGCAGCAUGUGCUCCUGGAUCUGAUUGGGAGUUCGGUGACUUUGUGGUUUGAAGGAGCUGCGUGCCUGUCUCAGAAGGCAGUUCUCGAGUCAGUCCCCCCACACACACCUCUACGUGGGCUCCAGGGACUGACCCCAGGUCACCAGGCUUGCAUGGCAAGCCCCUCUACACAACGAGCCUUCUCGAAGCUGUCCCCCCCCCCCUUAUUUAUGAAAGCUCUUUAUUCUUUGGAGAGACGCAUGUGCCAGGGGGCAUGUGGAGGGUCAAGGGCGACUUGAGAGAGUAGGCUCCGUCCUUCCACGUGUGGGCUCCUGGGAUUGAAUUCAAGUUGUUAGGCUUGGCAAGAGCCUCUACCUGCCGAGUCACAUUGUAUUUUUUGACCUAUUUUUAUUUUAUGUGUAUAAAUGUGUUGCCUGCAUAUUACAUACAUGCGCUGUGUGUGCCUCUAGAGGUCAGGAUGGUGCCAGACUCUGUGUAGGUAAAGAUGAUCCUAAACUUGCUAAUCCUUCUGCCUCUGCCUUUGCCUGGGGUACAGGCAUCAGAAGUGGUGUUACAAGUAGUCGUGAGCCACCAUGUGGGUGCUGAGAACCAAACCCAGGCCCCCUACAAGAGCAGUAAGUGUUCUUAACUAGUGAGCAGUCUCUCCACCCUUAUGCUUUGUUGGUUUUGGUUUGUUUGUUAUUUUUGUUGUUGUUGUUUUAUAAUUUAGCUUUAUUUUAUGUGCAUUGAUUGGUAUGAAUGAAGCAGGACCCCUGGACCUGGAGUUACAGACAGUUGUGAACUGCCACGUGGGUGCUGGGAAUUGAACCUGGGUCCUCUAGAAGAACAACAAUCAGUGCUCUUACCCACUGAGCCAUCUCUCUAGCCCCCUGUUUGUUUGUUUUUUUAAAGAUAAGAUCUCACUAUGUAGUUCUGGCUGGCCUGGAACUUGCUCUGUAGACCAGGCUGGCCUCAAACUUAGAGAGAUCCGCCUGCCUCUGCCUCCCGAGUGCUGGGAUUAAAGGCAUGUGCUACCACAUCUGUCUUUGUUGGUUUAUUGUGGUUUUUUGAGACAGGGUUUCUCUGUGUAGCCCUGGCUGUCCACUCACUUCUGUAGACCAGGCUGGCCUCAAACUCAGAGAAAUCUGCCUGCCCCUGCCUCCCAAGUGCUGGGGUUAAAGGUGAGCCCCACCGCUGCCUGGUUGGUUUUAUUUUUUUCUAAUGAAAUACUAAAUGGUUGCUUCUCACCCCAGAUUCUAAAAGUGGCAACGGGCAGGCAGAGCUUAAGGUGCUUGGAAAGUCAUUAGACACUGCCUAGAACGCAGUGACGUCAGAGGCUGGGGCGGGGUAUGAGAAUGUGUGUGCGUAUUUUGGGGUCCCUCAGCCUGCCUGCUCAUAUCAUCACCCAGUGAGGCAAAGGCAGGAAGACUUUAGCAUCUGUUUGUCCACAGCCUCGGGUCUGCUCAUCAGAGGGCAGGUGGGAAAGCCUUAAGGAAACCGGUCUUGACACACGGCCUCAGGCUGAAGCGGGAAAGAAGACUGUCCUUUGGCCAUGUCACAGAAUGGACACCUUGAGGACUCCAGUGAAUACUUCUCAGCGGCAGCUCUGGGCUACUUCAGGAAUGACACGGAUGAUACCCCUGAAGUUCGGGAAGACAGCCUGGGGGACGAGGUCUUUGACACCGUCAACUCCUCCAUCGUGUCUGGCGAGAGCAUCCGGUUUUUUGUCAAUGUCAACCUCGAGGUGCAGCCCUCCAAAUCUGACUUAGAAGCUGCAGCUGGUGGCUGUGUGCUCCUACACACCUCCCGCAAGUAUCUGAAGUUAAAGAACUUUGAGGAGGAGGUCCGUGCACACCGGGACCUGGAUGGCUUCUUGGCCCAGGCCAGCAUCAUCCUGAACGAGACAGCUACCUCCCUGGAUGACGUGCUUCGGACCAUGCUGAACCGCUUCGCCCAGGACCCCAACCACGCGGAACCUGACUGUGACCUGGACCUGCUCAUGGCCAAGCUCUUUACAGACGCGGGGGCCCCCAUGGAGAGUAAAGUCCACCUGCUGUCAGACACCAUCCAGGGAGUCACCGCCACUGUCAGAGGGGUACAGUACCAGCAGUCAUGGCUCUGCAUCAUCUGCACCAUGAAGGCCCUGCAGAAGAGGCAUGUGUGCAUCAGCCGCCUGGUUCGACCACAGAACUGGGGGGAGAACUCCUGUGAGGUCCGCUUUGUCAUUCUGGUGCUGGCCCCGCCCAAGAUGAAAAGCACCAAGACUGCGAUGGAGGUGGCACGCACCUUUGCCACCAUGUUCUCGGACAUCACCUUCCGCCAGAAGCUCCUCAAGACCCGCACAGAGGAGGAAUUCAAGGAGGCUCUGGUGCACCAAAGACAGCUGCUCACCAUGAUGCCAAGAGCCAAGGGCCACAGCAUGAGCUCCCUCCAUACUCACAAACACCAUCAGCCCCCCAAGUGCAAGGACUUUUUCCCUUUUGGAAAGGGCAUCUGGGUGGACAUCAUGCACAGGUUCCCGGUGUACCCACUGGACUUCACCGAUGGCCUCAUCGGGAAAGGCAAGACUGUGGGCAAAUACGUCACCACCACGCUUUUCCUCUAUUUUGCCUGCCUCCUGCCAACGAUUGCUUUUGGAUCCCUCAAUGAUGAGAACACGAACGGAGCCAUCGAUGUGCAGAAGACCAUAGCUGGGCAGAGCAUCGGAGGCCUCUUGUAUGCACUCUUCUCUGGGCAGCCACUGGUAAUACUGCUGACAACCGCGCCCCUGGCCAUCUACAUCCAGGUGAUCCGAGUCAUCUGCGAUGACUACAACCUGGACUUCAACUCCUUCUAUGCAUGGACGGGCCUGUGGAACAGUUUCUUCCUCGCGCUUUAUGCCUUCCUCAACCUCAGCCUGCUUAUGAAUCUCUUUAAGAGGUCAACAGAGGAAAUCAUUGCCCUCUUCAUUUCCAUCACGUUUGUGCUGGAUGCCGUCAAGGGCAUGGUCAAAAUCUUCUGGAAGUACUACUAUGGUCACCACUACCACACAAAAAGAACUUCAUCCUUGGCAAGCUUGUUGGGCGUUGGCAGAAGCCCCAACACCAGCCUCCACAGUGCGCCCAACACCAGCCUCUGGGACAGCACCAUAGAGAUGGCCACAGCCAGCAGCCCCAGCAGCACACACUCGGGCCAGGCCACGGCAGUCCUCAGCCUCCUCAUCAUGCUGGGCACACUCUGGCUAGGCUACACCCUCUACCAGUUCAAGAAAAGCCCCUACCUGCACCCAUGUGUGCGUGAGACCCUGUCUGACUGUGCCCUGCCCAUCGCCGUGCUCGCCUUCUCCCUCAUCAGUUCCUAUGGCUUCCAGGACAUUGAGAUGAGCAAGUUCAGAUACAACCCCAGCGAGAGCCUCUUUGAGAUGGCACAGAUCCGCUCUCUGUCCUUCAAGGCCAUCAGCAGCGCCAUGGGUCUUGGUUUCCUGCUCUCCUUGCUUUUCUUCAUUGAGCAGAACCUGGUGGCUGCCCUGGUCAAUGCACCAGAGAACAGGCUGGUGAAGGGCACUGCCUAUCACUGGGACCUCCUGUUACUCGCCAUCAUCAAUACGGGGCUGUCUCUAUUCGGGCUACCCUGGAUCCACGCCGCCUACCCCCACUCCCCGCUGCAUGUGCGGGCACUGGCCUUAGUGGAGGAACGUGUGGAAAAUGGGCACAUUUAUGAAACGAUAGUGAAUGUUAAGGAGACCCGGCUGACCGCGCUGGGCGCCAGUGUCCUGGUGGGUCUCUCGCUGCUGCUGCUGCCCUUCCCCCUGCAGUGGAUCCCCAAGCCUGUGCUCUAUGGGCUCUUCCUCUACAUUGCGCUCACCUCCCUGGAUGGCAACCAGCUCUUCUCUCGUGUGGCCCUGCUGCUCAAGGAGCAGACAUCAUACCCACCCACACACUACGUCCGGAGAGUGCCCCAAAGGAAGAUCCACUACUUCACAGGCCUGCAGAUUCUGCAGCUGCUGCUGCUCUGUGCCUUCGGCAUGAGCUCCCUGCCCUACAUGAAGAUGGUCUUCCCUCUCAUCAUGAUUGCCAUGAUUCCGAUCCGGUAUGACCAGGCUGGGUGGCUGUCAGGAGGGUGCAGCCCGCUGCUGGGCUCAGUGGGUACCUGCUAUGACCAUCUACCACUCAGUUUGCCUCUCCCUCUGUUCUGCAGUUACAAUCUGCUACCCCGAAUCAUUGAAGCCAAGUACUUGGAUGUCAUGGAUGCUGAGCACAGACCCUGACCAGGGCCACCUUCCCCAUCCUUUCAGGCCUGCUCUGUGGCAGUGCAAGGGGAGGUGUGAGCCGCCUGUGGCUCUGGCCCGUCCUCAUUGUGGCCUAAAGCCCCGGGGCAUUGUGGUUUCCAGUGGUGUGUGCUCACCCCAUUAACCUUUAGUUUAGGGUCAGGGACAUUGCCAGGGUGGAGCUAAGAAAAGUAGAUUUUCUUUUGAUAAAAGAGUUGAUGCCCAGGAGAGAGCCCAUUUCCUUGAUUGUAUAAGGAACUUGCUGUGUGCACAUUAGUGAAUAAAAGUCUUGUUUCU